UAGUUUGCGGACCGGGAUAUCAAAGAAGAAGAAGAAGCACCUAGGGCGAUAGCUCUUCCUGUAGUAGCAACAUGGCUAACUGCUGUUCCCUGAAAGUACUGACACUUUUCAGCCUGUUUAUUGUUCCUGGCGCGGUGGAAAGUAAUAAUAUUGAGGCUAAAGCUGGUCAAUUCUUCAGCAGUGGACACACAAACAACUGGGCAGUUUUGGUGUGCACAUCCAGAUUCUGGUUCAACUAUCGUCAUGUGGCCAACACACUAUCUGUGUACCGUAGUGUCAAGAGACUGGGCAUCCCAGACAGUCACAUAGUUUUGAUGCUAGCAGACGACAUGGCGUGUAACCAUAGAAACCCGAAGCCGGCCACGGUGUUCAGUCACAAGAACAUGGAGCUCAACGUGUAUGGAGAUGACGUAGAGGUGGAUUACCGUGGUUACGAGGUGACCGUUGAGAACUUCCUUCGUGUGCUGGGAAGGCUGCCACCCAGCACACCGCGGUCUAAACGCCUCCUCUCUGACGACCACAGCAACAUCCUCAUCUACCUCACUGGUCACGGUGGGAACGGCUUCCUGAAGUUCCAGGACUCUGAAGAGAUCAGCAACGUGGAGCUGGCCGACGCCUUUGAACAGAUGUGGACUAAGAGAAGGUACAAUGAGCUGCUGUUCAUCAUUGAUACGUGUCAGGGAGCCUCCAUGUAUGAGAGAUUUUACUCUCCUAACCUCAUGGCCCUGGCCUCCAGUCAAGUAGGAGAGGACUCCCUGUCGCACCAGCCAGACCUGGCUAUCGGGGUCCAUCUAAUGGACAGGUAUACAUUCUACCUGUUGGAGUUUCUGGAGGAUAUUCACCCUGCUAGCACCGCUAACAUGAAUGAUCUGUUUAAGGUCUGUCCUAUGAGUCAGUGUGUGGUCCACUCCUGGGGCCACCGUACAAGACCUUUUCCGGCGACCGGAAACGCCCUCAUCACAGAGAGGACUGCCUUUGGCAGCGUCCGCAAACUCAUCCUGACAGAUUCUCCCGCCGAACUGUUCCAUUCAGCGCUGUGGCAGCAGCCGACAGACUCUGCCGAACCACCCCGCUGGCAGAUUCUCCGCUCAAACCAGUCUGCUGCCGGGCAGCAGCUCACCUGA